UGUAUAUGGGCAAAUUAGCAGUGCGAGUCGGCCCCGGUGUCGGGCAGUCUGUCUCAGCUGACCGAAGUCCACAGAGUGCUUGCUCGUAUCAUGUAGUUCCGCAGUAUAAAAUCGUGACUGCAGGGACUGCUGUCGACGGCACGAUAAGCUGAUAGCCAGAUAAUUUUGGGGACAGUAACUGCACAACUUUUCCGCGGUGAAUUCGGAGCUCUACUUGCAUAAUAAAAAUGGCUAAGAAGGAAAUUGCGUUAUUGAGUGUUUGGGACAAGAACGGUCUGCUGGAUCUGGCGCGCGGAUUGCUGGAGGCGGGUUUCGAGUUGGUUGCCUCAGGAGGGACCUCCAAGUUUUUGCGCAGCCAGUCCCUUCCUGUCAGCGAUGUAGCCGAUAUCACAGGUGCCCAGGAGAUGCUCGAUGGUCGGGUCAAAACACUGCAUCCAGUGGUUCAUGGGGGUAUUCUUGCCCGCCCAACUGAAAAAGACGAAAGCGACUUGGCACAACAGAAUAUUCGUAAAAUCCGCUUUGUGGUCUGCAAUUUAUAUCCAUUUGUGGAGACCGUUAAACGCACGAACAACGAGGCAGAGAUAAUCGAGAACAUCGACAUCGGUGGUGUGACUUUGCUGCGAGCUGCAGCGAAAAAUCACACAAGAGUAACGGUCCUGUCGGAUCCCAGCGAUUACAAGAAGGUUCUGAGUGAAAUUCAAGGGAAUAACAUGAAAGAUACCAGCCUUCCGACUCGUCAAGGUCUAGCAUUGAAAGCAUUUACAAUGACUGCUGAUUAUGAUGCCGCAAUUUCCGACUUUUUCCGCCGACGUUACAGCGCUGGUCAAUCGCAACUGGCGAUGCGUUAUGGAAUCAAUCCGCAUCAGGCACCAGCUCAGAUUUACACCAAACAUGGAAACCUUCCUGUUACGGUGAUUAACGGCUCACCGGGUUUUAUCAACAUGUGCGAUGCUCUCAACGGGUGGCAGUUGGUGCGGGAAUUAAAAGCGGCACUGCAGCUUCCGGCGGCGGCAUCCUUUAAACACGUCAGCCCAGCGGGAGCGGCCGUCGGUGUGGCACUAACUCCGGAACAGGCGGAGCUGUGUCAAGUGGCGGAUCUGUUGCCCAAGCUGACGCCGUUAGCCACGGCGUAUGCGCGGGCGCGCGGUGCUGAUCGGAUGUCGUCCUUUGGGGAUUUCAUCGCUCUGUCCGAUGUGUGCGACGAAGCAACAGCGCACAUUAUAUCCCGAGAAGUCUCUGAUGGAGUGAUUGCUCCGGGAUAUAGCGCGGAAGCUGAGAAAAUAUUGAAAAAGAAGAAGAAUGGGGCCUAUUGCAUGCUACAGAUUGACCCCGCCUAUGAGCCGGAGGAAAUGGAGAUUCGCACUCUGUUCGGCUUGCAAAUGGAGCAAAAGCGGAAUGACCGAGCUAUCACCGCUGACCGUUUUAAGAACACUGUGACCUCCAAUAAAAUGCUGGGAGAGGACGCACUGCGUGAUCUUUUGGUGGCCACCAUCGCCGUUAAAUACACGCAGUCGAAUUCAGUAUGCUUUGCUCGGGAUGGACAAGUCGUUGGCAUCGGUGCGGGACAGCAGUCGCGUAUCCACUGUGUUCGAAUUGCUGCGGCCAAAACCGAAAACUGGUGGCUGCGAUUGCAUCCACGCAUCCUUGGUUUCCAGUUUAAGAAGGGAGUAAAACGAGCCGACAUUGCGAACGCUAUCGAUGCGUACGUACUGGACGUGGUGGACCAGGACAUGCCGAAAGAGCAAUUUGAAAGUCUCUUUGAAAAUGUUCCGGCUCCUCUGACGCUGGAAGAACGAAGGGAAUGGAUUGCCAAACUCGACAAAGUUACGUUGAGUUCCGAUGCUUUUUUCCCAUUCCGUGACAGUAUCGACAGGGCAGCAGCGAGCGGUGUGGAAUACGUUACCAGUCCGGGAGGCUCCACACAGGACGAUGCUGUUAUAGAAGCCGCUAACCAGCACAAUAUGGUGCUUAUCCACACCGGACUGCGUCUGUUCCACCAUUAGUUGGUUCACAAUAGUUACACUGGACGACAAAAAGAAGUUGAUGAGCCGCGACCGCACACUGGCCGGUCGAUUUCAACUUCUUUUCGUCGUCCAUUGUAUGUCUGAGUAUGAAUAUGGUAGCAUUGCAAUUCAGGUUUAUCUUUACUGUAUCUUUAAGUUAUAACAGUUGAUAACAGUAUUUGGAAUACUUUAUUUUUGGGAUUUAUCUUUGAUAAGAUGAUUAAGCCAACGUUACCAGAAGUUUUUUAAGAAUAAUUUUCAUAUUUGGUAUUAUUCUUUGCAUGGGUGUGGUUUUGUACUGUCUCUCGGCUUUAAGUAUUUGAACAAUAAAAUAACGGAGUGUUUG